AUGGUUAUGUCUCUCCUCUUCCUCCUCUUCCUCUCUGCCCUCUCCUGCACCUCUCUGUCACCAACCUCCCCCCAUGGAGUCGUCCUCCCCCACGCCCCUGCCAUCCUGCAGGACAGGCCCUUUGUUGUGGUGUGGAACAUGCCCACGGCCCGCUGUCACCAGCGCUUCAACGUCCAUCUGGAUUUGGGCCGCUUUGAUAUAGUGGAGAACCGACAGCAGCUGAACCUGAAUGUGUGGUCAGAUAAAAGCUACACCGGACGCUGCCAGGGGGGCACCAAGGACCAAAAUGGCCGCCUGUCCUGGCUCUGGCAUCAGUCCACUGCUCUCUAUCCCAGCGUCUACCUGCCUCAAAGGCUGGCAGGAUCUACGGAGGCCGUGCUGAUGGUCAGGUACAGGAAACCAGAAAGCAUGAAGAGAUAUUCGCCCACGUCAAACCUGUUAGAAACAGCCAACCUCCUUUACAUGACUGCCAACCAACUGCUCUGCAUGUGGGAGUUAGUUAAAGGACAAUCACUGAGGUCCGACACGAAGCGCUGCAGCCCCCAACUUUGCCACGGCAACGGCCGCUGCGCCAGACGACGCCCCGGCUCUGGUCGCAUGGUCGCCUCAAGUCCAGCCACGACCUCUGACUCCAAUGAAAUCAACAUUGGCUCCUUCAACGGCAAACAUUUUCACAAGCACUUCUUGUGUCGGUGCUACCCGGGCUGGACCGGGCAAGAAUGUCAAGGGGAAGAGGACGAAAAUCGGCAGGAAUCCCGAAGUGUGGAGUCCGAAGAGUCCGGUGGAACAAGCGGAGAGUGA